GGGAUCGGGUUUCACAUCCUGAUCCCGACUCGUUCAGGAGCAGCAGCAGCCUUCGCUAAGCCGGAGGGGCACAAGGAGGGAAGCCCGGGCGACGCGGCCCGAGCGGAGGACAUGGCGGAAAGCUCAGAUUGGGUGGAGAUCAUCGAGCCCCGUUCUCGAGAGAGAAUGUAUGUCAACUUGACAACCGGCGAGUGUGGCUGGGAGCCACCGUCCAACCUCAGAGUUCGUCAGUCAGAUGAGAACCAGUGGUGGGAGCUCUUUGACCAAAACAACAACCGUUUCUACUACUACAAUGCCAUCACACAGCAGACAGUGUGGCAUAGGCCACAGGGUUGUGACAUUGUGCCACUGGCUCAGCUCCAAGCCAUGAAACGCAAUUCCAAGUCUGACUUCAGGACAUCCCAGCACAGGGGCAGCACAAGUAGUGACGGGCGAAACACUCCCGUCCAGAUGGCUCUCUUGCAGGAGAUGGAGAAGGGUAAAGAGGACAACAGCUUGGAGAAGAGACCAGAGACUGGAAGAGACACCCCUACCCGGUGGCAGCCUUUACCAGGGACUAAAGCAGCCAUGCUGGUCAAAGUCAACAGUCUGAGACAAGUUAAUUCCACCUCGAGCAAUUCGCUUCAGAUGCAGAACAGCGCAGAAUCCAGCAGCCAGAAAUCUCUGCAUGCAAAACAAGUUAUAUAUGCCCAACCUCAGGCUAUAACCCCAAAUCCAGCAAUGCAGAAACCAGCAGCUUCAGCAGAAACAAAACAGUCAAUGCAAAUUAAGAAGACAGAGAAUGGAGGGUUUUGUCUAGUGUUAACUAAUGGGCUCAGUAGUCCUUCAGGAAGUCAGACUCAAACAUCACAGCCUUCAUCUCCGAAGUAUGCUUCUCCAGCACCAAUAUAUGAUGAGCCAUCAAUUGAUUCCCCAAUUUAUGAUGAGCCCCCUGUAGAUAUGGACACUGGGAGUGUAAAUGUGAAUGGGACAACUCCACAAAUGUCGCCAAGCAACAGCUUAAAUAAGAAACCCCAACCAGUUAAAUUAUUACAGCAUCCAAGUAUGCAGCAGCACCAAGCUGGAAAAAAGCAUGUGAGAAACCCAUCUGCAACAGAGUACAGCCCUGUUGGAAGAGAAUAUAUUAAACAUAUGGUCAAUGUUGACCAAUCAUCCAGAAAUCCUAACUCUACAGGUGUGAUAGUUGAUGGCGUUGCUAAACCACAGCUAGGGCAGCUUAGUUCCCGGGACAGCUUCAAACACUCUUGGAAAAUCUUGGAGGCAAACGUUCUCAAAAAUAUGGAGGCCCACCACAGUCGGCAAAACAGUCUUCAGGUUCAAGAGUAUCCUACAGUUAUAAGUCAGCAAGACUCUGGCUAUUCAACAGGACCUUCUCCAAGCCUGAGAAAGAGAAAAGGAAGGCGACAGGCUCCUGGCCAGGGAAGACCUGGCUCUGUGGGCAGCAACAGUGAACUCAGUGCUCUGAAUGACAAGCUGAUUGCAGAAAUGCGUGCUGUGGUGAAUCGAUCAGCAGCCUGCAGAGGAAGUAAAGGUAGCUUAGAUGCAGAAAUGCUGGAAAACGCUAGUUUGCCAGAGGGUAACAAAAUUAAGUUUCAGUCGGAGCGCUUGAAAAAAUGUAAUAGCAGGAGCUCAAGAGAUGAUGUGACUUCUAGUAACAGGUCAUUAUACAGACCUCGAAUGGACAGUAGAGGGAGCCUCUCAAAUGACCCAGCAGUACAGCAAGACACUGUGAGGCAGAAGAGAACCUACGAAAAAAUAGAUUCUUUAGAAAAGAAUGUGUCCAGUCAGAUAAAUAUGUCUUCGUCUGAAUCAGCACAGAUACCAUCCCAGCCUGGAACAAUAAGGCCUGAUUCCCAGCAAGAAAAUAAUGACCAGCCUGGCACCAACAUGGGGUAUCAGUUUCCCUUCCACACCAUACGAAAGCCUAUCUCUCAAAGCAGCAUGGCUGACUGGGCCUCGAAAAACCUAAAUAUGCACACUCAGGGCAUCUUUCGCCGAAGGCUCUCCAUUGCCAACAUGCUCUCCUGGAAUGGUGGCUCCAUCAAAAAGCCAAUGCUCAUCACCAGCAACCACACCAUUAAAAAGGAAGCUUGUGAAAUAUUUAAACUGGUGCAGAUCUACAUGGGUGACCGCCAGGCUCGGAUGGACCGGGAUCAUGUGGCUUUGAUCACUGUUGCCAAGUGCUGGAGCAUUCAAGGUUUACGGGAUGAGCUGUACAUACAACUGAUUAGACAAACAACAGACAAUAUGUGCUACCGAAGCCUGGCAUGGGGCUGGGAACUCAUGGCCAUCAGUCUGGCCUUUUUCUCCCCAUCACCCAAGUUCCAGUCUUAUCUAGAAGGCUAUAUCUAUCGUCAUCUCAACCAGGUCAAUGAUGAAAAUAUUACCCAGCGCAUUAAGGAGCUUCUGGAUAUGAAAAACAAAAAGAACUCAAAAUCCAGGAAAAAGAGGAAGCAAAAUUCAGAGGAUGAAGGUCUGCCUAUCAGCACUUAUGCCAGAUACUGCUACCGGAAGCUGCAAAAAGUUGCAGUCACUGGAGGAAAAAAGGGUCUCCGGAAGCCUACAAUUGAAGAGAUAAUACAUGCCAAGAAUGCUAUUGUAACACCUUCACUGUUUGGCAGUUCUCUGGAGGAAAUCAUGUUACGGCAGCAGGACAUGUAUCCUGAUAACAAGCUACCUUGGGUACAAACACAGCUGUCUCAGCAAGUUUUGGAACUGGGGGGAGAACAGACUGAGGGAAUAUUCAGAAUUCCUGGUGACAUUGAUGAAGUCAAUGCACUCAAACUACAGGUUGAUCAGUGGAAAAUUCCUAACAACGUUGGUGAUCCCAAUAUACCAGCUUCUUUGCUGAAGCUGUGGUAUCGGGAGCUGGAGGAGCCUGUCAUCCCACAGCAAUUCUACAAAGAGUGUAUCAGCAACUAUGAGAACCCUGAUGCUGCUGUAGCAGUAGUGGAGCUCCUGCCUGAGCUGAACAAAUUGGUUUUGUGUUACCUCAUCCACUUCUUACAGAUUUUUGCUCAGCCAACCAAUGUGGGCAAAACCAAGAUGGAUGUAAACAACUUGGCCAUGGUGAUGGCCCCAAACUGUCUGCGAUGCCAAUCUGAUGAUCCCAGAGUUAUCUUUGAAAACACUCGCAAAGAGAUGUCCUUCUUGCGCAUGCUAAUUGUGCACUUGGACACCAGCUUUAUCAAAGGAGUGGUGUGAAGGGUUGGCUUCAGGCAACACCAUGUGAAGGGAGCAAGGAUCUCUUGCCAGUAUUACCUUCUUUGAGCCAUGGAUCUUCCCCUCUGCAGGCUCCAGGUUCCUCGGGUUGCUUCUGUGGCUUUGACAGCUGUUUCCUCGCCCCAGCAACACCACUAAUGUCUCAAAGGAAACCCCAUAAUAAUGAAGUCAUCAUAUUAUAAAGGGUUUUGAGGCAUCAGGGAGCCAACUCUCAGACCAUGCUGUGAAGGCACUCCUAAGAACCUGCAGCAGUUGAUUCCUAGGAAGUCAAGAUGCCAGAGUUGGAACCACUUUGCAUUACACUGGGAAUCCACUGCACAUUCAAAGUGGAAUUGUUUAUUGGGAACCAACUGCUCUCAGAUACUGGGAUUUUGCUUCCACCACCUGAAGAUUGGAAACUUCACUCAUCAAGCUUCACCCCCAGAAGGAAAAGGGUUGUUGUCUUAGGCUGCUAUAGCACAUAUCCUGCCUAGGAGCAAACCUACUGCAGCCAGUACUGCCAUUCAAAUUGCUGGCUGCAUCCUUCUCCAACUCUUCUACCUGUCUUUGCUACCUUAAAACACACCACUCUUACCAAAGGUUCAGUUUGGCAGCGUGAGCUGUGGCUUCCGAUCCAGGUUGACUCUCCCCAUGCCUGGAGUACUUUUACUACUCAAUUCAUAUUAGAUGGACCAAGUGGAAGGCAUUGUUGGAAACAAAGGUCAAGCUAUUUAACAGCAACCUUUUCCCACAGUGAAAAACAGUCAUGGACUGGAGUUUGGGAGACUGCCUGUUGCUUUCUUCUCCUGCUGUAUAGUACCUUAGAAAGAGGCUGAUUAAAUUUCAAGCUAUUUUUUAGCCCAAAUAUACAUUUUCAUUGUUUGGGUUAGAUGUCUCAAAUGGCAAUGAUCCUUGUCCCUUUGAGUUUAAGCUAAGUCACAGCAAUGUAAAUAGCUUACAGAUUGUUUCUCCAUAAUGGAACUUUCUCUAUGUUAAAAACUGCAGUCAGUUAUGACUCCUGCUGCCUUUCUCCUCCUUACUCCAACAUAGACUAAAAUCAGGUAUCAAGUUGUUGUGAAUAUGUUAUGAGCAAACAUGAUCUGCUUGAAGGCUUUUACUGAGUUCAAGAUAUGCCUUUUGUUUUCUGCUUCCCACUCAGGCUUACAAAGCCAACUAGACAUAACACGAGAACUCCUUGAUCAGAUCUCCUGAUAUCUAUUUCUUUGGUUAAAAGAAGCUGUAAAGAGGCUGAAGUGGUUUGGAGCUGAACCCUUCGUGUCCUUUGCACUUUCCAGACUUAAAUUGCCCUUCCAAAGCUGCUGUUAGCUGAGAAGCAUGAUGCAGUGCAGUAGGAAAAUCAGUAUGUGUAUAAUAUCUGUCUCUUCCCUCAUCUCUGAACUUUAAGUUGGGCAAGUAAAGGGUUAAGUCCCCAAGUUGGGAGGAGUAAAGGGUUACGUCCCCACCAGUGACUGCUUUUUAAACCAAAGAAAAAGACAUUGGGAGAUCUGAUCAUGGAUUUCCUUCAUCCAUAAUAGUUAGGACCUCAGUCAGUACUUCUGGUUUGAAAAACACAGGUUGUAGUCUUAAGAUAGAAGAGAGCAAUUAUGCUAAGCAAGAAGAGCAGUUUGAUGCCAUAACACUCUGAACUUCAUUUCACCCUUUCCCAGAAAGUUGGAUUUUUCUCACCGAGGCUGAAGUCUUCUGACCACUUUGCCCCUCCACCAGUCAGGGAGUCAUUGCUGAUUAAGAGGAAGGGGGUAGGAGUAAGACUGCUGCCUCAGUACUUCUACACCUUUCUCUUGCCACUUUGCUGACACAUACCUGAAACAGGAGCCUUCCAUGUCCUUGCCUCUCUGUCAUUUUGGAAGUGGGUGUCGCUCCUUCAGAAAGCCCUUGAACAGACUUGCAGGCUUGGGUUCCUUGGGAAGAGGCCAGUUGAUGGAAAUGACAAGGACAGAAUCUUGGAAAAUUGAGUCAGGUUUUAUAUUCUUUUACAGUCAGUGCUUUGAGCCUUUCCUGUGCCAGUGUGAUGAGUCUUCGGAAUGAAUUAGUACUUCUCAGAUAGUGGUUGAUGUGAUCUUAAUGGCUAGAGGAACGCACAUUAUCCUUUGAUCUCCAGACACUGUGACUCUUACUAGAUUAUUCCAUCUCAUUAUGUGGAAUCAAAGUAUGCUACUGUUUCCCUAUUUGGGCCAGUUCUGCUGUAAAAGAUCCUUUAGCUUGGUUUAUUUGGUAAUGCCAAAGUUCCCAUUCACCUUUAUAGUGUGCCUUUUUCUAGCUAUCUUUUGAGAGUUAGCUUCUUUUCAAUUAAAUUAUCAAGAAAUUUGGGGAUUCUGAUUUCUUGUAUCUGAACAGAGCCAUUCUCUGGGACCCAAACUACAUGUAUGUGGACAUGCACAUCUCACUAGUAAUGUGGGGAAUAGGUGAUGCAAUUUGCAUUCAUGUUUCCCUACUUUACAUAAGGCAGGUGGCUACAGAAACUCCAUUGUAGCAUGUCACAUGACACUUUCACCCCUUACGUUGCCAGGGAGACACAUGUGGGUGAUAUCCACACAACUGCCCAUAACAUGUUGUUUGAGCUGAAUCCAGAAUUCAGGCAAUCACUGUGACAUGUGCAGAAUGCUCCUUGCUAUCUCUUACUGAGCUGCACUUGAUGAAGUAGAUAAGCCUGAGUUUUCCGAGGAGCUGGGUGCUAUUCAAAAAGGCUCCUUUUUCAGAAUUUGGCCAGUGCUGUUCACUCUUUGUGCCAGGUUGUUAGAACUGGAAUCCUAUAAACAGUUCUUUGGGGGCGAGUCCCAUCAAACUCAAACUUCUUCCCAAGUAAAUAUGUUGGAUUAGAAAAACUACUUUUGACACUUCCCAAACUUGCCUGAAACAGAGCACCUUGGGCCUGCUUCUAUUACAAAUCUUGAUAUAAAGUUAUUUUCUCUGUUUCAUACAGAGCUCAUAUCCAUGCAGCAUACUAAGGACUUGACUCUUGUUUGUGGCCAUACCAUAGAGUGGCUACAUUUUACACAAAUAAUUCUUUUUAAAAAUGGGAAGUGUUGACCAAUAUUUGGUAUGCCAUAUACCCCCGCUCCUUUAAAAAAAAGGCUUUUAAAACUUGUUUUGGGGUGUCCUCUGGGUGCACAGGUUUCCCAGAUUUAAACACUGCAGCCAACUACAGGGUGGGUAAUGAUUAAAAUUCCCCCUGGCACUUAAGUAUAACAGAAGCAUAGACAGGCCGCUAUAUUAAUGCUUUCCUCCCUCAAGGGCUGUAAAAUAGGCUAAAAAUUACACUGGAUAUUGUUUUCUUUUUGCCAACAUGUUUGUAAAUGUGAAUCAGCAAAACAUACUGUCCCUUACUGUUGUUAAAGAAUAAUUAAACAUCUGUGGUUCAUCA